AUGGGGUUCCUCCAACGGCAAGUGGACAAGCUCCCUAAGGCACGUGCUGGGCCUAUCCUCUUCGGGUCAAUGAUAGUAGGAGCUCUGACCGUCAUGGUAGCUGUUAACUAUGAGAAGGAUACUACUAGACUGCGUGCUUUUAACGGGGUAGUGCGGGACAUGGAGCGUAUCCGAGCCAAAAUAGAGAGAGGGGAAGUAUUUUUGUUCUACCUUACAGUGGGGGCUCGUGCUAACCUCGGGCAUAUACAACGACACUACUACAGUAAACGGGCAUUGGAUGAGGGAAGUAAUAAGGACGAGGAAGAACUCACUCUGAGAUCGAGUGAGCGCCUCAUGGCUCAGUUUUUGGAAGGCUCACUUCGUCUCGACGGUAGAUUUGGCUUGGCCGUGCAGAGGAACUUGCGCACUGGGUUUUGCCGACAUGUCCGAGUAGGGCCUAGGCUGCUGAGGGACUCUAGGAAAAGGGUGAUGAUGGAGCCGUCUGGGAAACCCGGAGAUGAUCUGGGGCUGUCCGAAGAGCCCAGUGGGUCAAGAGAGACGCGCGAUUGUUCACCAGAAUUGUCUGUGAUGGAGAAGAAGUUUGAGUACCUGGGCGACGAUGGUCAGUGGCAGGAGUUCGAAGGGGCACAGCAAGAAGAGCUGCGGGCUCUGCAUGACCUUCGCCCGAUACCGAGGCGCUUCUUCUUCUCUACCUCCUCUAACGUGUACGUCAUGGAAAACUUUCAUCUCGUGGAAAACGCCCUGUCGAGGGACUCCACAAGACUGAUGGGAUGUGGAACGGUCCAACUUAAUCUACACUCCCUACGCACUCGUCCAGUGAGAUGCACAUCACCCCAGCCGCCCAUUGAGGCACAGAAGCCCACUGCUGUAGAGGACAUCGUAGGCUGUAAGGUCGGAUCACCUGCCGCAUUCUUCCAUAUUGGCCUUAAACGCACAUCUAGCUCCUCGGUGCUUUCUCGCGCUCGCAAGUUAUUCUCCAAGAUUCGACUGGGGCCUCGAAGUCAACCAACUACUCCUGAUGUGCCGAGUGCUCGGCCGCGGCACUCUUUGGAUUCUUCUCUGACAUGCGCCUCGGACGGCCAGACCCAACGUAAAGUGCCUUUCUUUUCGUACAAGACAUCCAAUGGUAAAGUGGCCUAUGAUGAAGGCGUCCAGAAGGAGCUGCGGAAACAAUUCGACCUGCCGAAGGACAAGCGCCCUUCCACGGUUGUUUUCCGGGCUGGAGGAAGGAAGUAUCGGCUGGAGGGGUUCAAUGUGUGUGAGGCGGGGGGCUGCCGUCAGGUCAGCGGAGCAACAGGCCACUCUAGGGCAGUCUACGUAGCCUUCCCGCCGGUGUAUAGUAUUGCUACUAUCUCGCCUAAGGUGGAAGGUAUUGAGAACCCUUUAUUACGAGCCCUUGAGGAGGAGUGUCGAGGACCUGAGGGUUUGAUACGAUGGCUUGAAGUCAAUCGAUUGAGUAUAAUGGGAGUAGAGGAGUCGGCGGGUCCACAAGGCGGUACCACCAAGAAGAAGGCCAUGGGCAUCCCUCACAGCACCUUUGGAGUGGUCAGAUUGCCUGACUGCUUGGACACGAUGCCUCAGACUAGCCAGGAUGGGUUGCCUCCAGUGGAGGUAGAGGACGUCACAGUCAGACUCAAGGGCCUCGGGAAGAUCAUUAGGAGUGCUCGAGAGGGUAUUGGGGCCAGCAUCGACGAUCUCAACUGUCGAGUGUGUGGGAAGGACUUGGAGGAGGCCGACGAUUGCCUCGAGCUGGACAUCUGCCACCACAAAUUUUGCGAUGGAGUCGUUUUUGCCGGACACGGAGGAAGGCGUCUCCUAUACGACCUUUCCCCGCUUGGGAAUUUGGAGGAGCGCAUACCUCUGAUCAAGGCGAGGGAGGGUGUUGGGGACGGCGGCAAGCUGAGGGGACUAGUGGAAGCUCUCACUGAGACGGGGAUAACGCCAGAAGAGACGAUGCUCCCAGGACGCAGGGGGGCGCUGCCCAAGGGAGGGGCCGACAGUGAACGUGGUGGCCGAGGCCCUGGCGAGAGGGGCCGGACGACUACGUUUGGCGACCUAGUGCAGUCUAGUAGCCUCUUGAGCAAGCUCGGGAUCUGGUUUCUCGAAGCGGGGACGAGAGGCAAGCAACGGACCAAGCUGAAGGACCUUCCACUGCCUACGCCGAUACAAAGACUAGCAUACCCUGUUAUAGGAGGAGAGGAUCAGCGCAGUGUGUCCAUGGUGUCACCACCUGGGACAGGGAAGACCCUAGCGUAUUUGCUGCCAGUAGUCGACCGUAUUGUUCGAGUGUCUGAAGGGCUCAGUAUCAAGAGGGACGAGGAAGGACGUGCGGUACGGUCAGCAGCCGAUCAGAAAACGAUAGUGAGGUCGGCAGGCAAGGGCAGCCCCUUGCUUGUGGUCAUAGUCCCCACUAGAGAGCUCGCUGAGCAGGCACACGCUGAGGUUAAGAAAUACUCGCCACCUUGGAUGUCGGUACAGUUGUGUGCAGGGGGGACAGGCAGGGAUGUCCGGGAUUCCCAUGUUACGGCGCUCAGUCAUGGGGCGGACAUUGUAGUGGGCACGCCGGGUCGGUUGAAGUGGCUCGCCGAGCACGGGGCACUAUCGUUGGGUAAACCUGUCGCGCGCCCGGAAAUUACCCCCAGUCCAGUUGCGGCUGAGGGUCUUCUGAAGAAGCCUAAGCCUCUACUACCAUGCGUUGUGAUGGACGAGGCCGACGUACUGCUGACCAGCGAGAUAGUGCUGGGCUUGGUCCGAGAGCUCACUCGGGGUCGUCAGGCACAGCUGAUCUACGCGUCGGCCACCUUCGAUGCAUGGAUGAAGGAUAGGCUUAGGGAGCUGUCUCCCAAAUAUGAGGUCCUCAAUGCUACGGAAGAGAUGGAAGCUCAGAUCGUCUAUGCACUGAGGGAAGUGAGCCAUUUGUAUGCCCGGCUCUCCUCGAACUCUGAGAGGAGGCUCCGACAGCUCACGUGGGCUAUUGAGAAGCUGCGGCCAGGGUCUGGAAGUGAUAUCCAGGUGGCGAACAAGGUAUUGGUAUACUGUCGCGAGAAGACGGAGGUAUGCCUGUUGGCUGAUGAUCCCCAGCUGAGGAAUGUCUGUGCUCCGGGGCGCAUGAUGGCCCUCCAUGCGGAUAUGUCGCCCUCGCAGCGGAAACAAGUGAUGGACUCGUACAGAACGGCCCUAGCAGACUUUGGGCCAGUCGUACUCAUCACCACUGACAUCGCUGCGAGAGGCCUCGAUAUCCCGGGCAUAGGCUUAGUGAUCCACUACGGAGCUCCCAAGACGACAGCUAACUACAUACAUAGGGUCGGACGUAUACGGCCCGAGACAGUGAAGAGGGUCGGCCGGGCUGGCGAGGACAAGUGCAAGUCCAUCAUGUUCCUCACCUCGGGUCGAUCGUCCUUGCCUCCACCAAGGAUCGCUGCACAGUGGGGUGUCCAGCCGGCGCAGGUGCCGACGGACAGGGACAUCAAAAUCGAGAAGGCAGGGCCUUGUUUGAGAGUUAAGGCGAUGGUUCGGGGCAUUCUGGAGGGGCUACAGGAGUCUACCAAAGAGGGUAGUAUCGACACUGAGGCCUGGAAGACCGCGGAUUCGCUGUUGUUUGGCGUGGACGACCCUGACGUUACUCGAUCAGCGGCGGCGGUUCAAAACCUGGCGGCGGCAUUGCAUUUAGUGGCGCUGCGCCAAAGUCCGCCCUCGGCUCGAUCGCGUCCGAGUCUACUAAGUGGCCGAAAGGGCUAUUCUCCGGUACUCCUCCUGGACCCCUACUUGAAGAAGGUCCCGAGCAAGGACAGGGCGGCUAAGUUGGUUUCAGAAGCUAUAAAGGAGGCUGCAACCCAUGGUAUGUUGGAGCCCCUCACUGAGCCGGUGGACUCCUCAUCGGGCAAGCUACCGUCCCGGCCUGAGAAGCGAAUAUCGCCUCUGGGGCGCAUCGCUCUAACACGACGGGGCUAUGCUGUUGAUGUACCGACGGGCUACAUCAAGUCGGUGCUGGGAUCGAGAAAACUGCGAAGUGCCGGGGUUGUACCCGUGUACCUCACCACGCAGGUGCCUCGGUUGAUAACUGACGAGAGGACUUUCAGGUUGCGAGCGGCCGCCCGGGAUCGUCGUGAGGGGGUUCAGGAAGUGGUCAGAGCUAAGCGGCUGAGAGAACGUAUCACCUUGGUCCGCUUGCCCCCCGCGGUCCCCUUCCUGCUCCUGUGUGUCUCUAUCGGCCUCGAUAUAGUGUCAUUGGUUACGGCAUUGCUAGCCGGGCCGGGGCACCGACCAGAGGCUACUGUUCCUGCUCACAGGGACAUACGUCUACCUGGUCUCCUGCGUGUAUCGACAUAUCUAAUCCUCGGUAUUGUGGCAAUCUCACGACUACGGUUGUGGUGGAGAGAUGUUCGGGUGGAGGCCCAUGGUGUGGUUAUCAAGAUUGGCAAGGCUGGCAGUAUGGGGCAUGUGAAUAGGAGGAGACGAGGGAGUGGUAGCAGCCACUUGUCAGACGGCGAGCUUACGGCAGCUGACUACGACCUGUGUCGAGAGCGAUAUGAGUACACCCCGUGGCCGCCUCCAGAGUUGCUCGGAUGGGCGCCUUUCGGGACGGUACCGUUUGGACCGCAAGAAGAUCCUAGGGCCUGCUAUUGGGCCCAGGGGAAUGCGACGUGUUUUAAAGUCCGCCAAAAAGGGUAUGCGAGCACCGGGCUGAAGCUGCCGAGCAGAUACCCCAUCUACGAGUGUGUAGGAGUGGACGUUGUGAAGUCUGACAUGGUGCUCCGGAAGGUUGCGGAACUCAGAGUAUUCCAGAGAAUCGCACAAGGUGACGAUGUGCACAGCUCAGAGGUGCCCUCGUUUUGGAGAGGUGUUCAUCAUAUCAAUGGUCACCGCUGGGAGAAGGAAAUUGGCAUACCGCGGUUCCUCGUGGUGAACUGUCAGUUACCAUAUGCGCCACCUGGCCUGUUCACCUCUGCCGACCCCAACGACCCUGGUAUGUCGGUGCUGUCGUAUUUCGUGAUGAACCCCACGGUGCUUGAGGAAUACCACAGCGGCAAUUUGGAGCAGAUCAGCGCUAUUAGGCUGUUCAAAGAGUUGUUGAAAACAGGAGUGUCGAAGAAGGGCGAGAGCGCCUUGAAAAUAAUAGCUCUGAUUGAGAACGCCCAAGACCUAGGGCUUCCAGGAAUAGUUAACAGAUACAACGGUAAACCGGCGUUGCUGACCAAGAGCUUGCAGUUGCACGCAGACGUUGACGGUCGGGGGGAGGUGGCUGAGAUAGACUUUGAUAUUCGACAGUGGUGCUACUUAGCUCGAAAGAGCUUCUACUCCUUCUCGGGGCUCCUCAAGGACUGCAUGGCCCAUGUGGGAUUGGUGAUGGAAGGUGAAGACGACAGUGAGCUUCCGGAGCAGCUCCUGGCCUGUUUUCGAAUAUCCCAUCUCGACAUCGCGCGCGCCAAGUUGAUCGAUACCGAUUGA